CAGUUUAUUUCUCCUGCUCUCGGCUCUCUCGCACUGGCGCUGCAUCCUCCGUAGUGGCGGGCAACACCGCCGUCAGGUGUAUAUCAGCAGGCCGCGGCGAAGGUGGCUUCCUCAGUCCUUCACCAUGCUCCCUCGAAGAUUCAGCUACCUGCUGCUGCUGCUGCUCGUGGCCGCCUCCGAAGCCUUGCCCAGCAUCUCCAACUGGAGCAACAUCUCGUCGGCGCCGUCCUUCAGGAAGCUGAAGCCACACUUUGACGAUCUCUACCACGACAAGCCGCUGGAGGAGCUCAUCUGGGAGGAAAACUUUGACGAACUCGACCCCAACGUGUGGGAACACAUGAUCACCGCUUGGAGAGGCGGCAACAAAGAGUUCCAGUAUUACAGGGACGACCGGAGAAACAGCUACGUUAAGGACGGAAUUCUCCACAUUGUGCCCACAUUAACGGCCGACGAGUAUGGAGAAGAAUUUCUCUACAAUGGAAAUCUGUCCUAUCCGGGAUGCAACCAGCGACCAUGUGAUUCAGUAUCCGACACAGAUAUUGUGUUGCCCAUCCAGUCGGCGAGGAUAUACUCGAAAAAAUCAUUUGGCUUUCACUAUGGGAGGGUUGAAGUGCGAGCUAAGCUUCCUCGAGGCGAUUGGCUGUGGCCAGCUAUUUGGAUGAAGCCAACGGAGAAUCACUAUGGUUGGUGGCCAGCGUCAGGUGAAAUUGAUUUGGUCGAGGCACGCGGCAACAAGAAAUUGUACAAUGCUCAAGGCGUUUCCUACGGCAUAGACAGAAUGGGCUCUACCCUGCACUAUGGACCCAAUUCUAGCUACAAUGUGUGGAGACCGACUAACUGGGAAAUGUCUCUAGAAGGAAGCGGGAGAGACUUUUCUCAGGAUUUCCAUCUUUUUGGAAUGGAUUGGACCAAGAACUCGAUCACGUUCACCGUCGACGACAAAGUGAUCGGCAGUGUGUCACCUCCGUCCGGAGGUUUCUGGCACAUCGGCAACUUCUCGGAAAAUCCCGGUGGCACAAACAUUUGGCAGAACGGCGAGUACUUGGCGCCCUUCGACCGCGACUUCUUUUUCGUUUUGAACGUAGCCGUCGGGGGAACCUUCUUCUCCAGCGCCUACAAGAAUAAAGACUACCCGCGACCGUGGUACCUGCAAGACAAACACCCCUUGAGAGAUUUCUGGAGCAAGCGCGACUUGUGGUACCCCACCUGGGAUCCCAUUGAAUCCUCUCUCAGGGUUGACUACAUCAGGGUGUACAAACCGGUCGAGCCGAGAAAAUGAACGCAGCGUGUUGCCGCCUGAGGCAAUUUUAUCGUGUUUCACGCACCACGCUCUACAAGAGAGACUCACCGGUUUCAUAUGCUGCACGGCGUUCACAAAGAGUACAAGUAGGCGUUUUCCAUUUAAUAUUUGUUAAGUUUCCAUGUUUUAUUAUAAUUAUUGAACUAUUCUGUUACUUAGGGUGGUAUACGGGAAAAUGAAUACCCAAAAUUUUGGCUUUCAUAUGUCUAGUCAUUUCUUGUAAUUUAAAUUUUGUAUUUGGUUUUUUGGAAAACAUACCUGGUUUUCAUUUUACCGCUUGUGUGUACACGAUGUUUUUGUCCGCAAUAAAACUUGUAAUUUAUUUAAAUGAAAAUUUAUUUGGUGCUCUUCUGUUGCAUGAAGUCAAUUUCUCGCAAAUCAAAAAGUGGAGAUAAAAUAACGAAUGGUGUUGACUGCAGCAUCUCAUACUGUUCCAUUUUGA